GAAAUAGCAGCAUUUACCAACUCUCUUUUUUUGUGACGCAAGAGGUAUCCUAAAAUUAAAAAAAAAAAUUCUCUUUUCACUCUAGAGUAGUGAGUGAGCUUGCAUAGGAUAUAUUCCGAUGCGAAUAGAUUGAGGCUUCAUUAUAACCUAUGCUGUUCGGAAAUUCGGAAUCGGCCUUCAUUGAAGAAAAGUUGACUAAAAACUUGGAUUCGAAAUGAAGAUUUCGAUUCAAUACAUUCUUCUUAUGUUUAUCGAGACAUUUCCAUUCAUUAAAGGUGAGAAAUGCUGGACGCCUAUGGUUUGCGACGGGCAACCUACUUGGAGAGACGUUAAUACGACGGGACAGGGCACAAAAGACGAACAGAAUGCUUUAAAAGGUUUCGCAGCUUUAACUGAAAAAUUAGACGGUGUAGAAAGUAAGCUCCAUCAAUUAAAAAAGACGAUGGAAGAAUCAGAGACGUACUCAGUGUCGCCCUCUGUUGUAGGUGUCAAGGAAACGACCACGCCCUCUGGUGCAGGUGUCAAAGACACGACCACGCCCUCUGCUGCAGGUGCCGAAGAAAAGACCACGCCCUCACUUGCAGGUGUCAAAGAAACGACCACGCUCUCUGUUGCGAGUGUCAAAGGAACUGCCACCUCUGAGGGAUUCAAAGACAAGAAAAGUACUUCGGCCCGUACUUCAACCUUCCCUGCUACAUCCCUGUGGUCAACUAAGGAAGCCUUUUUCUCUACUUUUCGCCCACAAACUACAAAAGUCGAACAGAGUACAGUUACAGUACGUACCUGCCCAGCACCUAAAACUCCAGACAACGGUACUGUAGACACUAUGACCACACAUGACCCCAAGUUUGGUCAGACAAUCAAAUAUUCAUGCAAUGCUGGAUAUGUUCUUCAAGGACCAAACAUUGGAAAAUGCGAAGAAAACGGAACCUGGGGGGAAGUGCCCACUUGCGUAGUCGAUCUCGCAUGUGAUUUUGAAUCUUCAACCAACCCUACAUGCGGCUACACGAGAGUUGAAGGAAGAUUUAGGAGAGAAUACAGAGAUAAUGACGUUACAGGCUAUGUUCUUGCUGGUAAGGGUAAAAUCAGAUCGUUACCCAGGGAUUUAGUUAGCAAUGAAGAACUAUGCAUGAGUGUCGACGUUAAAGGGACAUCUGAUGGAGAACUGGUGGCCAAGGCUUACGAUGGGACUACAACGAAAGCAUUCUGGCCGUUUUCGGCCUCGACUAACUGGAAAACCGAGAAAUUCAAUUUGAAGAAAGUAAACUCUGCUGAUACCAAGGUGCAACUAGAGCUUGAGGCAUCCGAUAAUGUAGAGUUAGACAACAUAACAACUUUGAACUCUUCCGAAUGUUAUGGUCUAGCUACUCCAUGUGUCAAGCGAAAUCUAGACAGCGGAACAAUUUCUCCCGAACAGGACUUGUACAGUGUGGAUCAGGAGGUCAGUUACUCUUGCAGCAAUGGUUACACUUUAGAAGGGGGACAGACGGGAAUAUGCAAAGCUAACGGUUUAUGGUCCACAACACCAGUGUGCAGCAAGACAAAAUGUGGAGUUGUAUAUAAUUCGAAAUGUUUCCUAGCGAUCGUUAAUAAAUCGCCGACCGUCACAUUGAGCGUCGCUGAAUCUCUUUGCGAAAACAAACUGGCUAACAUUUACGACGUCACACACUACAACCUACUGCUCAAUUAUUUACGAUCAAUAAUUCCUGAUAGAGAAAUAGCGAGUUAUGUUUUUACGGGAAUGACUUACAAGAACGGUCAACUAUAUUCAAUGACGAACCAAGCUAUAUCUUUGCCAGCUGAAGUUUGGCGUCCUGAUUAUCCGGUUGCCAUUGCAUCGCGCCCGAGUGUUGCUGUCGUUGUCAGGCAAGACCAGGAAAACAACGAUCAAGGUUCUUUUAAUACCGGAACUACCAAUUCACUUACCGGAGCCAUCUGUGAAAAUGAAUUAUAAAUAGGUCUGUCUAGUGAAUAAUGAAUGAACAAAAACGUCAGAUUAAUUGAGUUUAAGAGUAAUUGAUAUUCGCCCUAGUAACCUAACUGAAAUUUUAAAUGACUAUUUUCACAGUUGAUACUUCUAUUUGAUAAAUGCAUUCAAAACGUCACGAUGAUAGAGUUUGCGCGAAAACCUGAGAUGUUCAAAUCCUCACUCUGAACAAGGCUCUGUACAGUGGGUUACUUAUACUUGGAAAACUAAGAAUCGUUUGUUUUGGCUCCUCUUGAACUGUGAUACAAAGAUCAAAAUGAGCCUGAGGUACAUAGGUCACAGUCGGCCUAUUAUAAGAUUGUAUGUUUGCAUGACAUUUUGAAUAAGAUUUGAAAUUAAAUUGAAAAGAGACGAGCCGAUGAAUCGGUGUCCAUGCUCUCUUAUUUACUCCACACAAGUAAUGCCACUGAGUUCAAACCUGAGUCAUGUAUGUUGAACCGAUGCGAUUUAACGCUCAAUUAUUUGAAUUGUCUGUCUGUCGUGUUUUCUUGGGUAGG